CAUGAAUGCAGCACAUGAAGGAUAGAAUCUGGCUUUAGUUCCAACUUCUAACUUCCAAUUAACCAAGCAGCAGUGUCUGUUAUCUCCGUGGCAACGAUGGACUUCUACUCUCAGAGCUUCCACAAGCUUCUUUGCUUUGGGUUGCUAUUGGCCUGCAUACAGGGGAAGGCGUACGGGAUCAGAAAUAUAGAUCUUGCUCUCGGAUGGAAGGAAGAAACUGACAUGAAAGCCAUUGUGAAGGUGCGAUACCUCGGCGACACCAGUACCUCCUCCUCUGAGAAGCUCGGUGCAUGGAAGAAUUCAGCUGCUGGGCCAUCGCCGUUCGAUCCCAACGAGACAAGCAAACGGAGAGUUCAAAGAGGUUCCGAUCCCAUCCACAACCGCUGCUGACAAACAGAAGCUGCUGCUGCAGCAGCAGAAACUAAGUGAAGAUCAUGAGGAUCUCUGCGCUGUCAGUUACUCUCUCCUAUUUGAGCAUCUAAUGGCUAAUUUGCUGGAGAAGUAUUGGUACAUAGUUGUUGAAGGCCACAUGGAUCGUAGUAAUUUUUUUUUUAAAAAAAAAGUGUGCAUACAACUCCCCUGAUCGAGUAGUAGUAGAGCAGAGAUAAAAGUUGAGAUAUGAAGUGCAUUUAUCAUUUGAGAUGAUUCCUGAAUUGUAUCAGAAAAUGUAUUCAAUGGCACUGACUGCCCUGU